CAAGUGUUUUGUGUGAUGCAGCCAUUUUGCCUUGGCUUAAAGAAGAAAAAUCCAAGUAACUUGGCUCGGGUUAUGUAUGAUUUUGCUGCUGAACCUGGAAAUAAUGAACUGACAGUUAAUGAAGGAGAAAUCAUCACAAUCACAAAUCCGGACGUUGGUGGGGGAUGGCUGGAAGGAAGAAACAGCAGGGGAGAGCGAGGACUUGUUCCCACGGACUAUGUUGAAAUUUUGCCCAGUGAUGGAAAAGAUCAGUUUUCGUGUGGAAACUCAGUGGCUGACCAAGCUUUCCUCGAUUCCCUCUCAGCAAGUGCAGCACAGGCCAAUUCAUCAGCUGCCAACAGUAAUAACCAGGUCAGCGGUGGCAAUGACCCCUGGUCGGCGUGGAAUGCUGCCAAGUCUGGAAACUGGGACAGCACAGACGCCUGGGGAGCCAGGCCGGAGGGGGCCGCUGCCCAGCGGAACACGUCCAACAACUGGGACGCUGCCUUUGGUCACCCCCAGGCCUACCAAGGACCAGCGACCGGCGACGACGAUGACUGGGACGAAGACUGGGACGACCCCAAGUCACCCUCUCCCUACUUCAAGGACUCGGAGUCAGCCGAGGCGGGCGGCAUCCAGCGGGGGAACAGCCGGGCCGGCACCUCGUCCAUGAAGCUGCCGCUGAACAAGUUCCCUGGAUUCGCAAAACCUGGAACGGAGCAGUAUUUGUUGGCCAAGCAGCUAGCAAAACCCAAAGAGAGAAUUCCCAUCAUGAUUGGAGAUUAUGGCCCAAUGUGGGUUUAUCCUGCCUCUACGUUUGAUUGUUUAGUAGCAGAUCCCAAGAAAGGCUCCAAAAUGUAUGGUCUGAAGAGCUACAUUGAGUAUCAGUUAACACCCACUAACACUAAUCGAUCCGUAAACCACAGGUAUAAGCACUUUGACUGGUUGUAUGAGCGUCUCCUGGUUAAGUUUGGGUCAGCCAUUCCAAUCCCUUCUCUUCCGGAUAAGCAAGUCACAGGUCGCUUUGAAGAAGAGUUUAUCAAAAUGCGCAUGGAGAGACUGCAGGCUUGGAUGAACAGGAUGUGCCGUCAUCCAGUGAUCUCAGAAAGCGAGGUUUUCCAGCAAUUUCUAAAUUUCCGAGAUGAAAAGGAAUGGAAAACUGGCAAGAGAAAGGCUGAGAAGGAUGAGCUGGUGGGCGUGAUGGUGUUUUCUACCAUGGAACCAGAGGCACCUGACUUGGACUUAAUAGAAAUAGAGCAGAAGUGUGACGCCGUGGGGAAGUUCACCAGGGCCAUGGACGACGGAGUGAAGGAGCUGCUGACAGUUGGGCAGGAGCACUGGAAGCGCUGCACGGGCCCAUUGCCCAAGGAGUAUCAGAAGAUCGGAAAGGCCUUGCAGAGCCUGGCGACCGUGUUCAGCUCCAGUGGGUAUCAAGGUGAAACAGACCUCAACGAUGCCAUCACAGAAGCAGGAAAGACUUACGAAGAAAUAGCCAGUCUCGUGGCAGAGCAGCCCAAGAAGGACCUGCACUUCCUGAUGGAGUGCAAUCAUGAGUACAAAGGCUUCCUCGGCUGCUUCCCUGACAUCAUCGGCACUCACAAGGGAGCGAUAGAAAAGGUGAAAGAAAGUGAUAAGCUGGUCGCGGCUAGUAAGAUCACCCCACAGGACAAGCAGAACAUGGUGAAGCGAGUGGGCACCAUGUCUUACGCUCUGCAAGCGGAGAUGAAUCACUUCCACACCAACCGCAUCUAUGACUACAACAGCGUCAUCCGCCUCUACCUGGAGCAGCAGGUGCAGUUCUACGAGACGAUUGCCGAAAAGCUGAGGCAGGCCCUCGGCCGCUUCCCGGUCAUGUAGAACCACCUCGAACAUGAAGAAAACUCCCAAGUGCUUCUUUCUGACUCGGGGCGAUGCGGUUAACUUUUUUACCCCUUUACAAGCAACACAGAAAAGAAAACCAAAAAGAGCUGCAAGAAAACUGCAUUUACUUUAAUAAGCAGCCCAAGGCCCCGGUUCUUGGGGACGGUCUUUGUUCUCACGGCCGUUGUUCAGGCCAGGGAGGCGCUCUCUAUUUUUGGAAAGUAGUUAUCAGAACUUUGAAUGGAAAAUGAGGGGUUUCCCCACUGAUAUUUUACAUAAAAUUAUAAUUUAUAAGUUAUCCACUUCUUCCGGUUCUUACCCAAGGUCAGAUAAUUACUAAUUGCUUUCUUAAAGAUAUGACCUAUGCCAGAAUAAAAAGUAUGUAUGUUUGUAUAUUUUUAUAACUCUUCGUUCCUCUGGGCUCCUGCCUGCGCGGGAGCAGCUGCCUUCUUCCCCGGACCUGUUUCGGGCGCAAGGGCUGUCUCCUCAGGAGGGCGGGUCGGAGGCCGCCCCCCCUGGGCCGCCUCUCCUGCCCCAGGCCC